AUGUCAACUCGCGCCGACUCAGCGGCGUCCCGUCCGCGAUCGCGCCGGUCUAUCGCUCAUGUCCCGCGGUCGAAGAUGACGUCCGGCUUGGACAAGGAGAACUCAACGGCAGAACUAAGGGCCCAAGCCUUCGCAAGUAGCUCGAAACCAGCAACCAAAGACAAGAAAUCCCGCAGCAAGAGUCUCGGACCCGGUGGGCUCGAUGCGCUCCAAAGUUCGCAUGGUAACCGCCGACAGUCUACGGCCUCUUUUCCACUGAAAUCAAUUCUGAAACCUACCGUGCCCGUCUCUCCCGUGCGAAACAUUCCCUCGUUCGAGGAAACGCGCCGACGCACGCCCGCUCGCAUGAACCAACCGAGUCACGAUGGAGCAAUGGAUGGAAAUGGUUCUGGAAAUCAAGGGAAAGAGGGGCUCCUGAUCGACUUCGAAACAACGCCAAAGCCCCCCGCCGCCGGCAGUGGGAUUGACGAUAACGACGACACCACGAACCCAUUUGAUACCUUCAAUGCAACGUCUGCCAUUCGGGAAGAGAUGGCGGCGACGAAAGAACGCGACGAGAAAGAGCGUAAGGAUCGUGAGCGUCAGAACAUAUUGGAGAAACGAGAAGCUCGACGAAAGUCUAUGGCAAACCGCCGUGUGUCGUUUGCCCCUGAAGCGACUUUGCACACGUGGAAUGUGGUAGAGAUUCCCGACGACUCCACGGCAUCAUCGGCCGCCAACUCGACAAGACGUGCGUCUGCUGCCGCAAACUCCCAAAAUCAACCCGCCCCUCCUUCUCCCGAGAAGGAUGAUCCGUCUUCACCCGCAGAAUCUGAAUUUGGUUUCUCACCUGUCCGCACACAAGACCUGGAACAAAUGAGGGGAGGCCACCAGGCAUACACCAGUGGCGGCGACGACCAACCAAAUGAAAUGUCUUCUAGUCCCUUCAGUGGCAGCUCAGUAGGAAGUGAAGACACCGGCGCACAAAGCAUGGCCGGUGAAGAGGACGAUGGAAGCAAUUCGGAGUCGGAUGAUGGAUUUGAUGGCGAGAGCACCGCCAUGAGUAUGGAUGACAUGACCGCCCGAUCAGGAGUCAGUGUUCAAUCGGAUGCGACCUCCAGCUCCAGCUCUAGCAGCAGACUCAACGAAGCAUUGCGCCAGGCUGCAAAAGAAGCAGGAACCGAGAUUGACGAAGAUGGAGAAAUGUCAAUGGAAAUUGCAGACCAAGAAAUCACCGGUGCCUUCCAGCCGUGGAUCAAGAAGGGCGAGAGGAAAAGUUUCGAUUGGGGAGAUAUCAGUGCAAAGCAGGAUCAGGAGAACGUGGAUCCCUACAAGUCUCCUGAUGCCCCAGGGAUGCCGGAAUCAGACGAUUUUGACGAGGGCGAAGACCUCAGCAUGGAUGUGACUAAUGCUGUCGGACGCAUUCUUGGAGGGCCCCCGGGCCAUCGUCAGAGCAUAGCUCGUCGUACAUCCACGGCAGAUGAAUCCAACUAUGGCGACCAAACCAUGGAGAUGACGAAUGUUGUGGGUGGUAUUGCGCAGGACAAUUCGCCCUCAAAGUUCUCCGAGAAUGACGACGAAGGAAUGACAAUGGAGCUCACUUCGGCCGUCGGCCAAAUCCUGGGCAAUCGCCCUUCUCAAACAUCUAAUCCUGAUGCCACGAACAGCGACCAAGACAACUCCUCGGAAGACGGGAUGGACAUGGAGAUCACAGGAGCCAUUGGAGGAAUCCUACAAUCAGGGAUCGAAGCCAACGACAAAGUACAUGCAAAGAUGGUCAUGGAGCUCGAGACCGACUCGGGGCAAAUAAACAGCUCGCCUUUCCAAGACAAAACACAGCAGUCACCUGCUAAGUCACCUGCUAAGUCACCCGCCAAGUCACCUCUGGCCUAUCAAAUUGCUGCUGUGGCAUCUGAGAGUGGCAGCCCUAGCCUGGAACAAGUUCGGGCUAGAUCCUCGCGACGAAGCUCUACCAGGGGAUCUUCAAGCACGCCCAAGUCGCCCAACCAACAACAAUCCCCUCACAAUAGACCAUCGACUCCCCCGGAACAGUCCACACCCCAACCGAAACCAGCUACCCCAAGCAAGACGCCUCCAUCUAGCAAUGUGUCUUUCCGGUCUGCAUCGCCAAAGAAACUUUUCAAGCCUGAGCUUCGCGAGUCAGCAGAAAAGCGAAAGUCCCUUCGUAAAAGUCUUUUCGAGCACAAUGCAGCCACUGGAGAGUCCACGCCGAUGUUCAAAUUCCAACCUCGCGAGGGUCGCCGCUCGUCUGGGCUUGGAAUUGACAAAGAAGGCCUCGGAUCUCCUCGCGUGGCUGCCUUGCUUGAUACACGCCAGUCGUUGGGAGAUAGUAGCCCCCAGUUCGUUCCCAAGGAGAAUCCCCAAUCCGGCGUGCGCUUUGAAGACCCUGUCCGAAUGCAAGAGGAGGAAGAGCGUGAUCGCGAAGAAGAGGAACUCAGAGAAGAUGGUCAUUUGGCGGCUGCACGGUCAGAUAAAGAUGUCACGUCCAGUCUCAAGGAUAUGAUCUCAAGUCUCAGCCCGAAGAAGACUAAGAUUGGGAGCCGCAAGAGCCUGCACGUUGGGGCUGCUCGCGGCAUUCUUGGCAAACGCCCUGCUGAACUAGACUUGGAUGAAGAGGAUGUUGAGAACUCGCCCAAGCGUCUCCGUGGGCAUGAUGUCAGUCCAGUCAAGGCUGUCAGGUUGCCAGCGCCGAUGGCCAAGGAUGGGAAUGUCCGUCGGUCAAUGCUUUCCCCUGUUCGCAAACCUCCUAGCUCCUCGCCUCUCAAAGGUAGCACUACGCCUUCACAAGAACCACUCACCACUGCGAAACCUUCGACAAGCCCUCUCAAACAUGGGCUAGAUGCCCUUCACAUCGCCUCUGAUCCGCAGCAGCAAGACGAUGAAGCCGAAACUCCGGUUGAAGAACCUGUGGUCGAAGUUGAGCCUAUCGAACUCCAGGACUUCCUGAAGAUGACCAAUAUCCAUUUUAUGGAACUGACCACGACAAAGAGGCGACACACAACUGCCCCCGGGAGCGCGACUAAGAAAUUGGUCCGCGCAUCAGGGGAGAAUUUACCAAAGCCAGGCUCCAUCACAUUCGAUGAUUGCGUGGCAGCCGGAUUCUGCACCGUGCCAAUGCUUGAGCUAUACCAGCAUUCAUGCCGGGAACUGAAAUCGUACAUUUCCGAGGGCCGUCAAGUAAUCCGCUCUAUCGAAGUUGAGACAUUUGCCGAAAACCCGCCACUCUUCCAGGAGUAUGUUACUGCUCCGCCAGACAUCCGAUUGAUUAUGGACAACCAGUUCCGAAAUGUCAAGACCCAUGCUCGCUUGCUGAGCAAGGCCACUUGGUAUGAAUGGCGGAUGAAGCUCCUGGAUGGGCUCAAGGAAGGGCUCAACCGCCACGUAGAGGAUAUGAAGGCAGACGAUCAGCUGCUCAUCGAACGCGAGGAAGUAUUAAGCCGCCAUGUGCCCUCCCUGGUGGAGAAACAUGCUUCUCUUGAACAAGAAGCUACUACUCUUCAAGAAUUGGUUGAUGAGAUGGAGAAUUGUGACCAAGAGGAAUUAUCCAGCACGCGCAGCAAGCUAUCUGAGAUCGACUCUGAAAUCGCGGCCAAGAGACGAGAACUUGAAUUGUUGCAGGCAGAAGCCCAGGAGAAGACGGCUACAAUCGAGGCUGGCACCGAAAUGCGAGAUGAGUUCCUGGCUCAAAUACAGGAGGCGGAGCGAGUGAAAGAAGAGUGUCGAGGCUGGAGUGCUCGGGAGAUCAAUGGCUUGAAAGCUUCGGUUCAACUCAUCGAGCGUCAGACUGGCUGGUCAAUCAAAUCAGCCUCAACUCCAUCCGAAUAUUCAGUGGGGCCGCUAUUGAAGAUGACUUAUCGAGAUCAACUCCGGUUGGAAUUCUAUCCAGGGGCCUUUGCCUCUAACACCAGCGACAGUGAUGAGAUGAAAAACUCACCGAUUGAACUCAGCUUCCAAAAGGGUUCCAGUAUCUCACCCAUGGCAUCCUUGGUGCUGCACUCCUUGCAACAAUACCUAGCUACGAUCCGGCAAUCCGCCGUCGAAGCCAGACGAGUAUUGAAACUUAUAUCGGAUGCAUGGGACCGCGCCGUCGGCCUGGAAAACGAGGCCCGUAUGCUUGAGUUCUGCGGUGUGACCCGUCUCACUUUAUCAAAGCCGGAGGAUGGCUCCAUUUCUCUUCGCGCUCGAUGUACGCUUCUCGGAAAUGCCAACACUGCAACGCCAGGCCGCAAAAGUCUCUCAAAAGGCAACAAUGCCAAGAGGAUCGAUGUGGAUUUCAUUGUUCGCACGCGCAUUGACCCGCCCAGCACAGAUAACGAGGUCGGGUCCCUGGACUUCGACAUUGACGUUCUGGCAACGAAAGUGUAUGGAUUCGGAACGGGGAAUAAGUCUGGUCUUUCCGACAAAGAGCUGCAAAGCAUUCUCGGCAAGGGGAUUGACCAGAAGGAUGGCAAUCCCCAGCUAGGGAAUGGUCAAUGGUGUGAGGCAGUUCGUGCGCUCACAGCUUCUGUUUUCUAA